AGCAUGCACUUUUUUCUUUUGACGUGCGCGUGUUCCACCGCUGACGCUUUCGCUGUUGGUUUUCAGCCUCACUCCUCCAUUAGUCCUCCGACGUGUUUUCAACACAGUUUCAUCCACCUGACAUCUCACCUAUAUAUACACCUCAGCUCCUAAGAAAUGUCAGCUGCGAAAAUCGUCAUCGUCGGUGCAGCGCGCACCCCUAUCGGUGCCAUCGGCGGCGGCCUGUCUUCCAUUGACCCCAGCAACCUCAUCGUGAAGAUCGCCACGGCCGCCCUCGCCCACGCCAAGUGCGACCUCGAACACAUCGAGUACAUCACGAUUGGGCAGUGCAUGCAGGACAUGCGCAAUAUGAACAUCGCCAGGAUGACGGGUGUGCGCAUAGGGGCGCCCGUCUCUGCCCCGGCGACGACGGUGCAGGAGAACUGCUCCACCGGCGGUGCGGCCAUCCACGACAUUGCCCGACGCAUCCUGUGUGGUGAGAUCGGUCUUGGUGUGGCGGGCGGCGUGGAGUCGAUGUCGACCAUCCCUCGCGUUCUCUUCACCGGUCGCACGAAGGGUCAGCUCUACGGUGACAUGAAGAUCAUCGACGGCUUGCAGGGCGCCUUGCAAGAUCCAACGGUGGGCAAGAACGGCACGUUGAUGGGUCUGCUCACCGAGGCACUGGCGGAGAAGUACAAGGUGUCGCGUGAGCUGCAAGACGAGAUCGCCUUCCGCUCGCACAAGAACGCGUGCGAAACGUGGGAUAAGGGCUGGUUUGACUACGUGGUGCCGGUGGAGGUACCGGACAAGAAGAAGCCGUUUGUGGUGUCACGCGACGAGGGCCCGAAGAAGCUGGACAUGGAGUACUUCCAAAAGCAGAAGGCGUACUUCAAGGUCGACGGCACGGGGACGAUCACCUCGGCCACCGCCAGCACGGUCAACGACGGUGCGGCAGCACUGGUGAUUGCCUCGGAGAAGCGCGCCAAGGAACUUGAGCUGCCGAUCCUGGCGGAGCUCAAGGCAUUUGGCAACAUCGGCGUGCCGCGGGAGUACAUGGGCGAGGGCGUCUUCAAGGUCUUUCCCAAGCUGUUUCAGAGAGCCAACAUUAAGCUCGCCGACGUGGACUACUUCGAACUAAACGAGGCCUUUGCUGCCGUGGUGGGUGCUGCGACGAAGGAAUACCCUGAGUUGAAGCUGGACAAGGUGAAUCAGUGGGGCAGCGGUAUCUCUUUGGGGCACCCGCUGGGCUGCACAGGUGCGCGGCAGGUCGUCGACAUGUGCCAUCAACUGCACCGCCGCAACGCGCACCUCGGCGUGACCACCCGUUGCGUGGGUGGUGGCAUGGGCAGCGGCGAGGUCCUUGUGCGCUACGAGAAGUAA